AUGGAAGGCUUACAAGAUGAGGUUAUCAGGUUAAAAGAGGAGCUGCAGAGAUCCAAUUCUGAACAACUUUUCUUGUUGAAGGAAUUAGUGACUAAAGAAAUGGAAUUGGAGAAGUCAACACUGUCCGUAGAGAGAUUGAAGGAAUCAAUUUCAUCCAUGGCAUUAGAGUCUGAAUGUGAGGUAGAGUGCAUGAAACUUGACAUGAUGGCCUUGGAGCAGAGUCACUUUGAGGCUAAGAAAAUACAAGAGGAAACUCUGGAGGAAAACACUAGAAUGAGUAGAUUGAUUGGAGAGCUUCAGUUUAAAUUUCAGGAAGCCCAAAAAAAUAUUGUCUCUCUGAAUGAGGAAAAUAAGAAACUUAAGAAUAAGAUUGAUGCCGUCAAUUUGAACACUAGAAAUUUUUCUCAGAAGGUUGAAGAGUGGCUAGAAAAGAAGGACGGAUCACAACUCAAUGGUCAGUCUUCCUUGAGCGGACAAGAGAAGGUUCAGACAUAUCAAAGGAUAUAA